AUGUCACUUAUCGAGCACCUAAUGGGACACCCGAAGUACUUAAACUAUGUCAAGUUGCCGCAAGGACCAGAGAAUAAUGGUGUUCUGAGAGAUUUUGGGGAUGGCUUGAGAGCUAGUAACCACCCCAUUCUGGCAAAGUGCAGCGAAAACGUGCUUAGUAUUGUACUUUACAGCGACGACAUUGAGCUGAGUAACCCUAUUGGGGCGAAAAGGGGUCUAAGGGGAAAGCUGAGCAUGUUUUACGUGACAUUCGCGAACAUUCCACCUCAUGAGAGGUCUAAGGUGAGCAACAUAUUUUUGUUAGCUGUAGGCCAUGCAAAACAUCUCAAGACAGCCAAGGCCAAGUCCUUGCUCCUUCAUGAUUUCAUCACUGCCGUAAAUAAUCUGCACGACGGAGUGACAGUGGUAACCCCAACAGGCACUGAAGUGGUUCAUGGCAGCUUGCUAGCUUAUAUUGGAGAUUCGCUCGCGGCACAUAACAUGGGCGGAUUCAAAGAAGGAUUCAGCCGCAACGUUCGACUUUCCUGCAGAACUUGUAAAACUGAGACAGCCGAUUUCCACAAGCAUCAUUAUGAUGACCGUUGCACCCCUCGAACCAAUAGCGAAAUUAACAAGCAGGUUCAGGCGCUAACCGCUGCAAAGAGUAAUGCAGAACGGAAGAGGCUUUCCGCUGAGUUCGGGGUAAAUGCUGGCUCUGUUCUCUCUGAGAUCCAACAUUUUUCCUUAGUAGAUGACAUCUUGUACGACCCGAUGCAUAUAUUGCUCGAGGGUAUCGUACCGCGUGAAAUUUCGCUCUUUGCAAAGUACCUUAUUUUUGAUGGCAAGGUGGUCACCAAACAAGCUUUGGAUCUCGCUAUAACUAGCUUCAAUUAUCAUCAUUCCGUUGAAACAACGAUGAGGCCGCGUGCGCUUGAUUCGGAUUGCUGCCCUAUAUCCUCAGCAUCAGCAACAUACAUGCUACUGUUGCACCUGCCACUAAUGCUCGACAGUUAUAUAGCAUCUUCAGACGAGCCACACGCUGCAUGCUUGCUGUUGUUAUGUCGCAUCACCCAGGCGGUUCUGUCACCACUGAUAACAGUUGAUGGACUGGCUGACCUUGAAGAGCUAAUAGCACAACACAGUAGAUUGUAUGUUCAGUGCUACGGCGCUCAGAAAUUUCUACCAAAGCACCAUAUGCUGGUACACAUCGUUCGACAAAUAAAGAUGUUUGGUCCAGCUCGGCAUCACUGGACCAUGAGGUUCGAGAGCAAGAAUGCCCUAGCGAAGUCAAAAAAGCUAUGGAAUUUCAAAAAUGUCCCCCAGAGUGUUGCUGAGAUGUACCAAAUGAAGAUGUCGUUCGACCUGUGGGACUCAGAUGGAAAGCCACGUGAAGGCAGUAGCACCCGCAGUUCAAGUAGGACAAUGACUCCAUUCCCCUUGCUCCCUGAAUUUGUAAACUGUGGUGUUCCACAAGAGCAGGUGGGGAGCAUUGCACUCUCAGUUUCCUCAAUCUUUGUUAACAAUGUCAACAUUAAGGAACAAGACAUAAUGGUGAUGGGGGAUCCAACAGAAAAUGCAGAGUUUGUCAAAAUCAGGAAUAUUGUCCUGUGGCAGGGUACCACGUUUUUUGUUUGUUCUGUUUUGGCAAACGCAGGCUUUGUGCACAAGUUGAACGCGUUUUUGUUGCAAGAGCGAGAGGAAAAAUCUGUGCUGAAGGAGUGUCACUUUCUGUACCCGUGGCCACUGCUUAUCUAUAACAUGUGCGGACGAUUGUAUUGUAUCGCAAAGUGCUUUCACUAUAUCCCACAGGAAGAUAGUAGCAUGGAUGUAGUAACGAAUUGA